AUGAAGCCGCCGCUUCCGGCAAGCUUCAAGGCCCUCUCGCGCCGGAUCUUCCGCCAGGCGGCCCUGGUGGUGGCGGCGCGGAGGCCUCUGCACGCGCGAGCAUUCACGAGCCGGUUCCGCGGCGGCGGGGCUAUGGCGGCGUCGUCGGCGGAGGGCGGAGCAAGGCCUCUACACGGGCGGGCGCGGGCGCUUCUCACGAGCCGGUUCCGUGGCGGCGGGGCUAUGGCGGCGGUGGCGGAGGGGCCCCUACACGGGCGGGCGUGGUCGCUUCUCACGCGCCGGUUCCACGGCCGCGGGGCAAGGGCGGCGGUGGCGGAGGGCGGCGGCGGGCCUCUACACCUACACGGGCGGGCGUGGACGUUUGUCACGCGCCGGUUCCACGGCGGUGGGGCAAUCGCGGCAGAGCCGGAGGGCGGCGCAAGGCCUCUUCACGGACGACGGGCGUGGAGGCUUCUCUCGUCCCGGUUCUGCGGCCGGGCAAUGGCGGCGCGGUCGCGAUCGCCGUGGACGCCGGCCGGCUGGAGACUACUGCACAGGGGGAUGCGGGGCGUCGCUGCGAUCCCCAGUUCAUGCCACCGAUUCCACUUCUUCAGGAGGUACCGCAGUCCCAAUAUUGCAAUAGCUGUCGCUUCAAUCGGAGCCCUUGGACUACAGUUGUGGCAUAUGAUGACUAAACAGACCAUCAGUUCUUCAUGCAAUGGCCUGUAUGCCCCGCCUUGCAUCGCUCAGCCAGAACAUAGAUCACCAAGAGUGGACUGGGUUGAGGCUGGUGCCGUCUCCCGUGCAGUGAGGCAUCAAAAGAGCUGUCAUUCUUGCUGGGCUAUGGUGGUUGUAGCAGCUAUUGAGGCUCUACACUACAUCAAAACGAAGGAGUUACUUGUGCUAUCAGUUCAAGAGUUAAUCGACUGUGACACAAAAAGCUUCGGAUGUGCGGGUGGCUACACUGAAAAUGCGCUUGAGUACGUACAGAAAAAUGGUCUGUCCAGAGAAUCAGACUAUGGCUACAUGGGCCGGGAACGUAUACUAGGUUGCAAGAAAAAUAAGGCACCAGCAGCGUCAAUCACAGGUUUCAAAACCAUCAUCAAUCCUACUGAAGAGUCCUUGGAGGCCGCAGUGGCGCAACAGCCCGUUAUCAUUCGAUUGCAGUGCUCGCAGAGCUUCCAAGAGUAUAAAGGAGGUAUUAUUGACUCGCCACCAGCUGCACCCAAAAGCGAAGGCAUGUUCGUGCACUAUGUCCUGAUAGUUGGCUAUGACACGGACUCCAAUGGCAUCAAGUUUUGGCGAUUCAAGAACACCGCCGGUGAGGGUUGGGGCGAGGGGGGCUUUGGAAGACUCCGCAGGCACAUCGCUGACCAGCGAGGCGUGCUGGGUAUGUUUAUGUAUCCAGCAAUGUACCCGGUGCUGGACAGCUGA